AUGGUUCCUAAUUACUCCUGUGGAGACUAUGGAAAAGUUGUUGCCUUUAUUGCAGAUCGGUCAAUUGUUACAACCCUGCCUAUAGCACAAUUUCUGAGCUCAUAUGGAUACUCACAGAUCAGUUAUGGGGCCACAGACCCAGUGCUGAAUGACAGAACACUAUAUCCAUACCAUUUUAGUACAGGAGUAAAUGAUGAUGUUCAGCACAUUGCUAUAGCAGAACUGAUGGAACGUCUGGGUUGGACCUGGGUGAUCAUUCUGGCACCUGGUGAUGACCAUGGAGAGAGUGAGAGUAAGAACCUCAUGAAUGAGAUCAAUAAACAUGGAGCAUGUGUUGACUUCAUUGGGACUCUAACAGAAGAUACAAACACAAAUAUAAGAACAUUAGAAAGGAUACAAAAAUCUACUGCAGAGGUUGUUGUCUUGUGUGGGGGGCUUUUUCGUACUGAACCUUUAAUUUCCCUUGUAGAGACAAUGAUAAAAGACAAGACUUUGGUCAUUCCACAAACGUGGCUUCAUUUGUAUUCCAACAUGCUAUUUAAUGGCAGUCUCAUUUUCUUUAAUGAAAACAACUUGUGUUAUAAUAGAAGUAAAUCCAAACUAGAUGAAUUGGCUUUAAAUGAAAGCAUUUUAUAUACAGACGUUUACUUUUAUAUGGAAAGAUGUUUGACACUAGAUAAAGAGAAGGAUGAUUUAUUUCAGAAGGCUUAUGGAACAGACUUUAAUAAUUGUUCCAGUUUAGAAAUAUCAGUUUUGCCACAAGAUCCUAAUUACCAAGUGUACAGAGCAGCAACUGGAUUGGCACAUGCAGAACAUCUCAUGCUCUCCUCAUCUGGAAAAUCCCAUCAUAAAGAUAUCCACAAAUACAUUCACAGAAAACAGAUUCUGAAGUCCCAGUGUUCUCCAAACUGCCCUCCCGGCUACAGAAAAGUCCCAAGGGAAAGAGCGCCGCCCUGCUGCUAUGACUGUGCCAGAUGCUCAGAGGGGGAGAUCUCCAACUUAACUGAUAUGGAAUAUUGUCUAAAAUGUCACAUCUAUGAAUGGCCAAAUAAUGAGAAAACCAUGUGUAUUGAGAAGCAAACUGAGUUCCUCUCAUAUGAAGCUGAUUCCCUAACUCUGGUCUUUCUUGUCCUCUCUGUGGUGUCUAUUUCAUUAGUAACAGUUAUAUUAGGAAUUUUUAUUUCAUUUCGAGACACUCCAUUAGUGAAGGCCAACAAUCGCAAUCUGAGCUUUAUUCUCCUUUUCUCCAUCAAGCUGAGCUUCCUCUCUGUGUUUUUGUUCCUUGGUCGCCCAUCUGAUAUAACCUGCAUCCUCCGACAAACCUCUUUUGGGAUCAGUUUCUCCAUAGCUAUGUCUUCUGUCCUGGCAAAAACAAUUAUGGUUUGUAUUGCUUUCAAAGCCUCCAAGCCUGACAGUCCCUGGAGAAAAUGGUUGAGAGUCAAAAUCACAUAUUUUAUAGUUAUUAUUUGUUCAUUCAUUCAGUUUCUAAUUAGUGCUAUCUGGCUGACCAUUUCUCCACCAUUCAUGGAGCUCAACAUUCUGUCUGAACCUGGAAAAAUCAUCAUUCAGUGCAAUGAGGGCUCUGUAAUUGCCUUCUAUAUUGUCCUCUCCUACAUGGGAUUGUUGGCAUCUGUGAGUUUCAUUGUAGCUUUCUUGGCUCGGACAUUACCGGACAGUUUUAAUGAGGCCAAGUACAUCACU